AUGAGCGCCCGAUAUGAGAGGGCGGCGGCAACGGGCGUCUCCGACGGUUGGAUUGCCCACCUGAGGAGGCGAGAUCGCAGGGUCAAGUGCUCGCUGUGUGAGGAAGAGAUUCCAAAGAGCCUGGAGACGUUCCGCGAGCACGUGCAGGCCAAACAUAGGGAUCUCGCCCAGGACACGGCGGUGGUCGAAGCCGCGUUUGCGAGGAUGAACCCGAACGCUUCUAACACGUCGGCAACGCGCUCCUCCGCGCAAAGACAACAGCCGCAGCCUACGCGGAAGCGGCAGAACUUGAGCGCUGGGUCGAAUGAGCCAGGCCCGGCGUCAGGAGACGCCAAUGAUGACGAGCCGGUCGUCAAGAGGCUACGAUCUCCGCCGCUGACCCGGGGCAGCCCUCGUCACGGCCCUUCUUCACCGUCCACGCCUAUUGCGACCAAUGGACGUCAGCAGGCGCUCAAGGACUCGCCAGAGGAGUUCUCGCGGGGCAUCCAUCGCGCACCGGCCUCUGGGCGGAAACUCUUCGACCCUGCGACGGACAGUGCCACGCGAGGCCGUGGGCGCGGCGCUUCAAGGGGGGGGACGGCUCGACCACCCCCAGCGGCUCAGCCGAGGCCAGCCCCCCUGACCACGUUCGCGCAAGGCCAUGUGCGGUCAUUUAUACAGGAGAAGCCGCAGGUCUCCAACAGCGUGCAGGAAAACGAACCGUUCACCACGCCUAUGACGCCGGCGCAGCUUGCUGCCGAGGUGACCAAGAUUUCCAAGAUGAUCGCGGACGGUCAAGAACGGUGCACGAAAUGGACCACGGCUAAGAAAGCGACACCCGACGCCAAAAUCACCGCCGAAGAAUGGCACUUGCAGUGGCUUGAGCAUCGGGCCUUGCUAAACAACCACUACGACUUGCUCAUGGCGUGUCAAGAUCCAGCUGGGCAAGACACGCUCACAUAUAUCCCCGUCGAGAGGGAUAUGCCGGCCAAGCUGUGGCAAUUUGGCAUCUACCAAUACCUCGAGCUGCUGAGGACUCGCCUGCCUGACGCGUACGAACCGCUGGUGUGCUUCCUGUACACGGCAUACGGCCUCUUGGGCCUGCUCCGAGAGACCAACCCGCUGUUCCAGGACACCUGGACAGAGUGUCUCGGUGAUCUGGCUCGCUAUCGCUAUGCGAUUGAGAACAAGGAGGAGGUCCGCGAGCACUGGGAGGGUGUAUCCCGGACGUGGUACAUGUGCACCUCGGACAAGCUACCGCACGUCGGUAGGCUGUACCAUCACUUUGCGGUCCUCGACCGGAACUUCGUGGUGCCGCAGCUCUUCUACUGGGCCAAGUCGCUGUGCGUGCUGCAGCCCUUUGAGGGCACACGCGCGAGCAUCCGCAAGCUGUACGACCCCUUGUUCGGACAGGCCACGUCGGACUGGUUCCGGCGCGAUAUACGGUUGGUGACCACGGGUGACAGCGAGCAAGCUACGGGCGACGAGGACGGCGACGCGGAGGAGGAGCGGGGUGCCGCAUCCUCCUCGGACAACGCGAUCCAUAAACAUCGCAUGGUCGAUAUGACGUUUGCGCUAGUCUUUGGCAUUCUAUUCACGGGGGAGCACAAGGAUCUGCUUGACGAGGCCCAGGCGUAUUACCUGCGCAGCCUCGACACCCACAUUGCCAUGAUGUCGAAGCGUUGGUUAGAGAGUGGAUACCAAACAGGCAUCGCCAUCGCAUGCAACCCGCUUGGGUACUGGCAUCAAAAUGGCAACGAAUUCAGGGCGAGCGUCAUGCCCGACCAUCUCAAGAAACCCACUGAUCCGGUGGUGGAGGACAACGAAGCCACACGCGCCGAGUUUGACGUGUCCCUGACAUUUCUAACCCAGGUCUACGAGAUCGCUAUCCGACGCACGGGGGAUACCAACACGCUACCCUUUGCGCACACGAUCCUGACCUUUUUACUACACGUGUCCAAGUACCCAGCCGCCAUGGCGCGUAUAGCAGAACGCUUCCCGUGGGAUCUCACCGCCGACAUGCUCAACUACUGGCUUUUCACGGCGCGGAACAACAAGAGCAACCCGCAGUUCCGCGAGGAGACGUUCCCGGGCUCCCACGGCGAGCAGCAGCCCACACGCCCGCUGCCGGAGGACUAUGCCAUGCGCGGCCUAUGGUAUACGGACGACUACUUCCCCAUGAACUGGUUCCGGAACAGCAAGGUGGAGUUUGAGGAGCGCUACUUUGAACGUCGGUCCCUCGUCGACCUGCGCGUGGAACGCAUCUUGUGGAUUGCGAUGCGGCUGAGCAAGGCGGGCGAUUGGUUGGUGUUUGAUGUGUCGUUGGAGAAAUUCGGCGCUGCAGGACGGCUUUGUAACAAAUGA